AUGAAGGUCAACAAUGCAUCAAACGAGACUGGAAAAGAAGCUUUUCCAUCAGGAGAGCCUGCUUUGACACAAAAUGCUUCAGGCUACGUCGAAAAGUCCAAAGACCAACUUCUAGAGCGCUGGCUUGACUGGGUUGUCAAAGCCUCCGGCUCCGAGCCCGUCUUCCUCAUCAUCCUUGUUGGCCUUCUCCUCUGGGCAUUCCUGGGCAUACGGUACGGCCAGUCGUCGGAUUGGGCAGUGAUAAUCUCCGAUGUCCAAGCAAUUGUCAGUUAUGUUUUCGAUUCCCUGCUCAUGCGUCAACAGUUGAAUGGGUAUGAGAAGAUGCUGCGAGUGUCUGCCGGUCUGAGUUCCCGUAACAUAAGCCUCUGCAGGAUGUUACGCAAAGCUCGGAGUAGCGGACGGUACGAGGCAGCCAGGCCGGCGGAACUCGGAGCUGUCGACGGAAUCCGGUUUGAGUUUCCAACGGAGAACUUGGUGGGCCGGGUUUCCACCCUGGCUUCCAGAGUCUUGGGCCACUUCGUUACCCUCAUUUCAUACUGGGUGUGCAUCUUUAUCUGGAUCGGCUUUGGCCCAUACUGCAACUGGAGCAACAGAUGGCAGCUAUACAUCAACUCAGCAACGUCUGCUCUCAUGGUGUUGAUAUUUGCUUUCCUCGCCAACAUACGAGAACGGCAUGACAAUUACAUUGAGAGUUGUCAAAACAUUCUCUUCGAAGUUGAUUGCGCCGUGGAACUUAGAUUGCGUACGAUUACCGGCGACGAUACUCCAAACGAGACAGUUGUUAUUCCUGCUCCAAAACUGAGUAGAAUCCAGCGAGCGAUAUUCUACUAUGCAGACCUUGUGGGUACUCUUACUGGAAUUGCAAUAUUGAUGAUUGUCAUCGCCAUUUGGAUUGCGAUUGGGCCACUCAUGUCCUUCAACUCGAACUGGUGGCUUCUAAUCGGAACGUACGCCGGACUAGUCGGUCUUCACGAUGGGUUCGUCCUACGCAAUGUCCAAAUGCAAUUCGAUAAUUAUGCAGACGAGGCGCUGGAAAAGGUCGCUUCCGAAGACAAGAGCAUUUUGGCCGACAUCGGGAUGCAGGACCAGGCAAAUAGCUAUACACCGCAAAGGGCUGUCGUCUCCCGACUCUCGGCAAAGAUGGGAGCCAUCUGUUCGCAUGAGAUGACUGUCAUGCUCGGAGUGGUCUUUAUCAUCGGGCUUCUCGCCGGUGCCAGCGCCAUGAAAUGGACGACUACGGGGCAGUUACUGUGCAAUGUCCCUCCAAGCAUUAUCGAAUCCUUCGUCAUGAUGAUUCUCAUCACGGGCCAUAAUCUGGCAGAAGCCAAGAGGCGCGAGGAGAUUCACCAAAUGUACCUCAGGCGGGUCAAGCUGCUCGCUUACGUUGAGGGACUGGCUAUUGGCGACGGAAAAACACGAGGCGGGCACCUUGGCGGAGAAACGUAA